AUGUUUGGACGGUUGGCUGCACUGCCGUCUUGGUCGGCGGGGGCCGAGGAUCGAACCUCCGUUCCCCCGCCUGUCCAUCCAAAUCGUUGCGCGCAUUCACCGCGCACGCCGACAACAACACUGCGGCCUCGUCCUUCAGUGGGCCCGUUCGUAACAUUCUGGGUCGUCGUUUCGACUGGAAAUUUUUUUUUAAACGCGUUUUUUUUUUCCCCGUUAACUUUUUUCCGGUCGUCAAUCGUCGGCGCUGGACUUUUACACAUUUCCGUCGGUCCGUCGCGCUUCGCGUUCCCCGGACAGACAGGCGUGCGUGACCAGCCCCACGGCGGCAGCAAAUCUCGUCUCGGGGGCCGGACAAAUACACGGAAGGACCUGCAGCUGUACUACGUCGUCGUCACCGUCGCACCGUUACAUUCUAGUAUUCAUAACAAGCCUCCUGAAUGUUCAUUCAAUAGGAAAACACAGAAGCGAUUGAGAAAAAAUGAAUUCCAAUACACUUUACUAUUAAACGCUGUUCGCUGCAUGCAGCGACAACAACAGAAUUGUAAAACCCAAAGAAAACCAAAAAUGCUCCACUAA